CUAUAGGAGACCUCUGGAACGAUUUAUACUUGGUCGGAUGAGUUCUGAGCCCAUCAUCAAGGUUCCUCAAUCCAUUUCACUAUAUCACGAUGCCUCGCAGCAGCGCAGAGUUCAACCCUUUGGAGUUCCAGGACUGGAAGUAUGAGCAUAAAGAUUUGGUCCUGUCGAUAGAUUGGAACUAUUAUGGCACACGUGUCGCCACUGCAAGUUCUGACCACACGGUCAAAGUAUGGGAAAAGAAGGAUGAUGGCAACAUGGGCUUGCUUGAUAGCUGGAGAGCACAUGAUGGCGAAGUUCUCAAGGUUCGUUGGUCAAACCCUCAUCUGACUGCUAUACUGGGGACCAUCUCAACCGACGGAACGUUUCACCUGUUCUGUGAAGAUGUACUUGCAUUACCUCAAUCGGGUCAUCGAUUCCCUCGUAUCUAUUCUCUACGAUCCCCGGCGGCGUCGCCUUUAGUCGGAUUAGAUUUUCGAUGGGAUCUUUCCGAGACAUGCGUUGCUCUCAUCACUCGAGAUGGAUACCUCCAGGUCCUGGAAGCCACCACGGAGGAUUGCAAUGAAUGGCGAGAGAUAUACGCCGCGUGGCAACCCAAUUCCGGCGGAUCUACCGACUCGGGAUUUGAUGUCAGCUUCCACAAGGAGGGGUCGCCUUGCUGGGCGGCGGUUCAAGUCGGGCUGGAUAGAAAAAGUAUCGGCAUGGCCGUAGCAGCCAUGGAUAAGAUCUUGGUCUACAGAACAGACCGAGAGAGAAAAUUCUAUAUUUCCGCUGAGUUGUCCGGUGCGAGGGAUAUCAUCAGAGAAGUGGCAUGGGCGGGCAUGGCAUGUAGAGGUCAUGAUCUUAUUGCUGGCGCAAGCAAAGACGGCUUCGUACGCAUCUGGGAGGUACAUUCGGAUAUGGAUCGGAAUGGCGAGCGCAUGGGUGCAAGAGAAAUGGGUGGUGAAUUCCACCAACCGGGCGAAAAGAUGGGACUGGGCAUGCCGCGCACAGAGAAUGACUCUGGGGUAUCACCUCGAACUCGAAGAUCAGGAAUAACAUCUGGAUUGAAGGAACCGCACAUGGUCACGCGAGCACCUAUUGAUAGGCGGAUCGGAGAUAGCCCGCGAGACAUAAGUCUGGAAGAAGAUCGGGCCAUCGGCCGCAUCAAGCAACGGGCAAUUUUAGCAGGCGAGCUAGCACACAAGGGAGCAGCAUGGAGAUGCCUAUGGAGCUUUUUCGGAGAUGCGCUCAUCACUGCUGGCGAUGAUGGAGUUAUCAGAGUGUGGAAGAAAGGCCUGGCCGGACAGUGGUUAGAAGCGGCGGAGGUCGAGGCUGAAUUCUAGGAAUUGAUCAUUACCCGCCACCAAUAUAUCCGCGGAUUAUUUCGCGAUAUUGAGCGAUGCCAAUUAUUCGAAUUUGUCGAAGCGAGCAGGAUCUGGGCACAUUGCCAGUGGGAGUGGUUGUCCGGAGGACACAUUCCAGACGCAUACCAACC